CCUAGCGAGGCGCCUGCAAGGAUCGACUCAGCGGACCAAAGCGCCCCCAAGGCAGCAAUAAGACACUGGACUCCCAAGGUUGCUCGACCCGCUGGAACAGUUAUUGCGGCCACCGAAACCAUCCCUAUGGAAGCCAGGACAGAGAGCCUGGAACUCUGCUCGCAGAAAGGAAGAAAGUUGCUGGGCUCCACCUUCUGCUUCAGCUUCGCUCUGCAUCAAGCUGCGUCUCCCGCCUCGCGUUUCCUUCUUUUUGCAUUUCAUCUUGGCGAGGUGUCUUGUUCCGAGAUUGUCUUCCUGCUUCCAGAAAAGAUUCAUUUUUUUGAUAUCGAUCUGCACCUCAUCACCCUUUUGCCCCCUUCCUCCCUGCAGUUCGAUACGAUCGCAAGCGCUCACCUUCGAAAGAAGCAAUCUGGUACGGAGCCAUCAAGUCUCUCGGUGGACCUGCCUCCUUCUAUCAUCGAACGUCCCGUAAAUACCACAACGGAGAAGACCCGAGCCGAGCCUUCGAGACACGAGCUUCAACAUUGCCGAGCCAAGAUGUCCGGCUACAACUACGGCCCGCCGCCACCUCCUCCCCAGGCGGCACAAGCGAGCCAUCCUGGAUACGGUCAUCACGGCGGCCCCUAUCAACAACAUCCCAGAGGAGGUGGUGCUCCUCCCGGCCGAGGUGGCCGUGGUGGUUAUACGUCUGGCAGUCGUCCUGAAUACCCGCCUGCUCCUCAGCCUCAAUAUGAGUACGGUCGCCAGCAACCCUAUCCCCAACACAGCCCUGCGUAUGCAGGUCAGCCCACGGGCGGCAGUUAUCCUCCCCAGCAGCAGUGGCACCACGAUCACGCCCAUCCUACGCCUCAGCAUGGCGCCCACGCUCCUGCACCCUUGUCCAGCUCCAACUACCAUCCCAAUUACGCUCCCCAAGUUUACUCCCAUCCUCAACAUGCCCAACCGCCUCCUCACCAGCCAGGAUACGGGCCUCCCCAGCAGCAACAGUAUGGGCAACCUUACCAACAUCCUGCACCAUACAGUGCCCCCCAACAAUGGUCUGCAGGCCAUGAUCAACACGCUCAGAACCAUUACAGUGGCGGCCGUGGCCGCGGCGGAUACGGCAACGACCGAGGUGGCUCGCGAGCUCCCAACAUAAGUACACCAGCCCCUGCGGCAUACGGCAACGAAGGAAUCCAACAUCAAGUGAAUGGUGGAUAUGGCCAACCGUACGGAGAUCCCCGCGCUCAGCCGGUUCCAUACGCGCCUCCUACCCAGUAUCCCUACCACGCUCCACCGCCUGCUCCUCAUGCUUCCGGCCCAACACACGAGCCACACUACAAGCAUGACGGACAUGGCGGCCGUGGACGAGGUGGCUUCCGCGGGAACAACACGCGAGGUCGUGGAGGCUUCCAACACGGCAACGACAGAAACCGUCACCGCCAGCAAGGCAAUCAUCAUAACAAUCGUCAAGACGGAGGAUCACACAAGCAUGAUAACAACGCCGCUUCUGGUAAGAAGAAGAAGCGCAAGACCAACACGUUGGGUCUUACGCCAGGCCAGGAUUCGGACUCUGAGGACGAUGAGAUGGAAGAGGAGACUCUUCGCAAGCUGAUCGGCGCCGAUGCUUUACAGGUCACUGAUGUUGCUGCCUAUAUUGCCGAGCGGAAGAAGCGCUUCCCCACGGCCGCACGAGUUAAGGCAAAGAAGUCUGCCGAGGUGGCACACGGAAGCAGCCACAAGUUUGCUGCCGCUCUAGAGAAGGAAGAAUACCUCGCUAUCAAGCUGAGAAAACAGCUAGAAAAGGUGGAGUCGUCCAUCAAACGCAAGCGUGAACAGCAGGACGAGGGUGAUGAGAUGAGAGACAGCUCCCCCGUUGAAAUUAAGUCUGAAGACGACGAGCCAGAAGUCGCGUCUAGUCGUGCUCAGCAAGCCCCCCCACCGCCCCCGCCAGCUAAGAAGGCAGAUGUUACGAAACAUUGCAAGUACUACUCGACGGGAGGUACGUGUGGCAAGAAGGGCAAGUGCCGUUUCGUCCACGAUCCCGCUGUCAGAGAGGCGGCCAUGAAAGAGCGGGAAGCGAACAACGGGGCACUUACCAUUCAGCAGCGCUUGAUCCUCAACGACAAGGACCAAGAGGAUUUGACGGUUCUCCAGUCAAUCCAGUAUCUGCGAGAAAAGGGCCUUAUGAAGGAUGACGAGCAGAGCACAUCCAACGGUACGAACGGUCAUCGUGCUCCCGUUGGCCAGAAAAGCAGCUUGCCAGCUGCACCAGCCUCGCUCCCACCACCGCCCAUGAAGCAUCACAAUGGGCUUCCUCCACACAACCCUCCUCCCUCCUCACUCUCUGGCAGCGGCGGUUCUACAGUUCGAUACAAAGGCUGGAAUCUGAGUGGAUAUGGGAACUCAGGUCUCAAGUCGGAAGAUCUACCAUAG